CUCAUUUGCCCCCUCUCUGCCUUAUGCUGACAUGCGCAGUGGGAAUUUCUAUGAGAAGAAUCUGUAUCGCUGCAGUCUCCAAACAGUAUUCAACAGAGCAACAACCCACAAGAACUUGAGUGCGGAACUCAAAGAAUCCUGGUAUUUGUCUGUGCGGAGAAAUUACGACUUUACAACAAUGUUCAAGCUCCUCUUUGGUCUCCUCACCCUGUCGUGUCUCCCCCGGUCGGUCCUCGGCUCCGAUGUCGAUAGAGACGCCCUUCUGUACAGAAUGGACAUCACUCUUCCCCCAAAGGUGGGGAGGGACGAGACGGCGGACAUACUGGCAAUAAAAGCAACAGUGGGAGGUCUAACUGGUAUCAACGUGCUAUUAUCAUUUAAGGAUCUUGGGAACCCAAGGCUAAUUUAUGUUCUUGAUGUCGAGAAAGCAUGCAGCUGGCCACAGUUGACAAGCUUUCUGUCACGAAAGGGCUAUGAGGUGAAGACGACCCCAGUGUACCGCUGCAGUGACUACGCCCGGGAACUUGGGGUCCAUAUGACGAGAGGUUUUUAUGACUCUAGUCUCGAGGAUGACGAGAACUUACUUCUUGGCCGGCAGAUAUUUUAUGUCAAAGAUAUAACAACAGCUGAGUUUGACGAGAAGAUGAGACAGAUGUUUGUGAGAGACGUGGGCAUUCUGAACGCUGGUCAACGGGCAGCAUGUUUCAGAACUCUAGCAAGCCUUCCAGUUGAGCUGAUCCACUUCGCCCCAGUUAGCCAAAGCCGAAUGGAUGCGAUAGAGGAAACCUUGCAUGGACCUGAAGACUUUGACCUUGAAAUGAAUCGAAUCCAGAACCUUGGUCAUUACUCGGCACGAUGCGAGUGAAAAGAUACACUUUCCGACACGGCGUUUUUGUCAAACUGACGGGAUAAGGAUUUGAUAGUCCACUUAUACUGAUUGAUCCUGAUACUAGAUUAAUCAAAUUACAUUUUGACAUGUACACGCAACUAAUUAUAUGUAUUCAUCAUUAACUGAAUAAACUAUUCCUUUCCUU